GGCAGAUCCAAGUACUAAUAAAUUGUCAAGUAGAAGUAUUAUCAUAAUUAUAAUAUUAUUUGUUCAUCAGUUACUGCUACAUUCAUAACUGUUGACAGUACAAAACUGCUCUUUGGCAAGGGGAGUUCUCAGCUUUGCCCAGCUUUACUGCUCAUAUUCUGAGGUGCAGAAAAUAACUGAGCAAAAAAAAAAAAAAAAGAAAAAAAGAUUGCUUGGUUUUUGGGUUUUCUCUAGAUUUGAUUCUUAUUGCUUGAACAUUACUUCUUUUUAUGGGUGUUUUAUGAUUUUGAUUUAAGCCCAUUUAUCAGAUUUAGGGGUUAAUUUUUGGGUUUAUCUCAAAAUUUUGGUUAUGGGAGUGUUUAAUUUUAUUGAAAUUUAGGGAUUGGAAUUUCAAUUAGCUUCAUGGGAUGGGUUUGAUGCGGCAAUUUACUUGGCACUUGAUGAAUCUAUGCUUCAUCAUAUUCAUUUCUGUUGCCAUUGUUGUUCCAGGAUCUUCAGGUUUGAGUGAACCUCCGUCAUCUCCGAUUCCUUCCAUUGUAGCACAAGUGCCUAUUUCCAUCCAUGAACAAGGACCAUCUUUGGCAUCUGCAGACCCACCACCCGGGACUACUACUCCGAUUACUGUGCCAUCAUUUGAUCCAACAUUGACACCAUCUGCUCAGCCACCUAAUGCUUCAGAUACCCCCCUGGCUGCACAACCGCCCGUGGCCAUACCUCAAUUUGAACUACCAACUGCUGAGCCAGUCGAAGCUCCACCUUUCACAUCUCAUUCACCACCGCCAAAGUUUUCGCAUCAUACAUCCACCAUUCCAUUUCCUCCUAUUUAUGAGACCCCAAUAAGAUCAACUCCACUAGUUGUUCCAUCGCAUGCUUCACCUCAGCAAUCAGUUGCCAGUCCACCUCAAAGCUCUACUCUGCCACUCCCUGCAAAUCCACCAACAUCGAAGCCCCAAUUUCCGGUUGCAGAAACCCCAGAAGGGUUCACUAUCCCACCCUCUAAAGAGGCAUUUUCGUAUACACCGUUGCAAUCUCCUCAUAGUUCAGCUCUUCCACUAGCUGCUAAGCCACCUGGUUCUGAGCCCCACCUGCCUGUUGCUGAGCCACCAGAAGGGAUAACACUGACACCCCCUAUUCAUGCAACACCAUAUGCACCUUUGGUAUCCCCUCUUCAUAGUUCAGCUCUUCCACUGGCUGCAAAGCCACCAGAUUCUAAGCCCCCUCUGGCAAUUGCCGAUCCACCAGAAGGGUCAACACUGACACCUCCUAAGCAGCCAUCACCAAGUAUAGCUUUGGGAGCUCCUCCUCAUAGUUUAGCUCUUCCAUUGGCUGCAAAGCCGCCAGAUACGACACCCCAAUUGCCUAUUGCAGAGCCACCACAAGGGUUGACUCUGCCACCUCCUACAGAAGCAUCACCAGAUCUACCUUUGCCUCCCCCAGCCAUGCCACCACAUCCCUCAGAUAUGCAGUCUCCUCCUCUUUCCUUAAAUGCAUCAUCUCCUCUGCCUCAGUCGGGCAUGCCAAAUGUAUCAUCUCCACUAGCUCCACCGGUGCCACCACAACCAUUCCUCCCUAAAAUGUCUCCCCCACCCCAACUUAUCUCACCGUAUGCAUCUCCCCCAACUUCUAUACUACCUUCAAAUGCUUCCCAUUUGGCCCCUAUAACGUCUCCUCCUUUCCCAGAACCUCCGGCAACUUUACCUUCACCAGCUCUUCCUUUGCCACCAAAAAUUUUAUCUCCCCCAUCUCAAUUUGUUCCUCCAAUCGUACCCUCAUAUCCACCUCAAAUAUUCCCACCAAUUGUAUCAGCUCCUCCUGUAUGGAUCCCACCAAUUUUAUCCGCUCCUCCACCUAAACAAAUCCCGCCACCUGCUUCUCCUCAAACUCCUAUGGUGUUUUCAAAUGCUUCUUCUCCACCACCUUUGCUAGUCCCACCACCAUAUUUACCUUUACUUCCCACAGCUGCUGCACCCCAUGCUUCAGAUGUACUGCCGCCAACCGUUCCAUCACAUGCAUCAUCUCCCUUGCCUCUACUAGUUCCACCUCAUGCUUCAUCACCUUCCUAUGUUCUGUCAGCUCCACCACCAGUAGUGUUACCUCACAUCUCCCCCCCAAGCUCAUCCAUAGUACAUGAAGCAGUUCCACCUCGUGCUUCUCAUCCAUUCCCUUUACUGACUCCUCCUAUUGCUCCAGCUUUCCCUGUAAUUCCAUCCCCUACUCUAUUAGCCCCUUCACCAUCUGAACCAUAUCAUUCCUCUAUCCCGCCUUCUCCAGUAACAAAACCAAGUAUUCCUGCUUCAACCCCUCGUUCUUCUCAUAGAAAGGAAUCUUGGGGAAGGGCUCCUCUACCAUCACUGGCGUCUCCUGAGCGAUCACCUUCUUCAAAAACAUUGCCUGAAGGUGCGCCACCUGCCCACCAAGAUACUCCACGAUCUCACCCUCCAAGCUCUCAUCAAAUAGAAGCACCAAAGCAGGCUCCUCUUGUGAGAUCAAAUGCUUCAGAACCUGAUACUGUUCCUUCAUCUGCUCAUCCUCCAAGCAAAAAUCCUGCUAGUAGUAGAUAUCCAUCAACUGUACCUCCUAGUGAUCAGUCACCAACACAUAAAAUUUCUCCAUAUCAUGAGCCUCAAAUUGGGACGCACAGCGCAAUUGCUCCGGCCCCAUUCUCAUUCAUAGUUUCUCCAGGAAGUAACGGAUCUCAUCAUUCUCCACAUCAUUCCCCGGCUAUAGGAUCUUCUACAACAAUGGCUCCUUCACCAUCUCAUCAAGAAAUUCCUGAAAUUUCUCCAGCACCUUCACCUCUUUCAAAGGCUUCAUCUGGUCAUUCCGAAAUUCCGUUUCCCUCUCCUAAAAUUUCUCCUUCUGGGUCUUCAACAAGGAACAAAAAGAGACCACUUGCACCACCAAUUUUGUCAUUACCACCUCCACCUCCAAAUGCAGACUGUGGAUACCUUACCUGCCCUGAGCCGUUGACAAAUACGCCUCCAGGAUCACCCUGCGGUUGUGUUUCACCAAUGCAAGUUGGGAUGCGCAUCGGUGUGCCUUUGUAUACUUUCUUCCCUUUGGUGUCAGAGUUGGCAAGGGAAGUUGCUGCAGGUGUAUUCAUGAAACCAAGUCAAGUUCGUGUGAUGGGAGCCAAUUCAACAAUUGAAGAGCCUGAAAAAACUAUUGUCCUAGUUGACUUGGUACCCCUUCACGGAAAAUUCGACAACAUUACAGCAUUUCUUACGUUUCAGAGAUUCUGGCACAAACAGGUAGUCAUAAACAAGUCCCUGUUUGGUGAUUAUGACAUACUGUACGUGCGUUAUCCAGGUCUCCCUCCCUCUCCACCUAUGGCUCCUGCUGACAUUGCUGUAAUCAAUGGAAUGCCUUACUCUGUUGGGGACCCCAAGAAUUUGCCUCUGGGAGUUGAUGUGACUAAGGAAGGGCAUAAACACAAACUUAGUGGCAUUAUAAUUGCUAUUAUUUGUUUUUCGGCAAGUGUUGCCUUGUUGAUCUGUUGUUUCAUUGCAUGGCUUUUGGUAUUCAGACAUGCAAACCAUGAUCCUCAAUCAGAUCAAAUUCCACAAGCUCUACCUUCUCUUGCAAGAGCAUCAGAACCUGCAGGAAAUUCAACUGGAAGUGGUCCAAGUUCUUCUUUAUCAAUUGGAUCAAGUCUGGCCACAUAUGCUGGAUCAGCUAAAACAUUCACUGCAAGUGAGAUAGAAAAAGCCACCGAUAACUUAAGCCCAUCAAGGAUACUUGGCGAAGGUGGUUUUGGUCUCGUCUAUAGCGGCGUUCUUGAAGAUGAAACUAAUGUGGCUGUGAAAGUUCUUAAACGAGAUGAUCAGCAGGGUGGCCGGGAAUUUUUGGCUGAAGUUGAAAUGCUUAGCCGUCUUCACCACCGGAAUUUGGUCAAGUUAAUUGGUAUUUGUACUGACGAGCGCUUACGCUGCUUAGUUUAUGAACUUAUUCCAAACGGAAGUGUUGACUCUCAUCUACAUGGGAUAGAUAAAGAAACUGCUCCUCUUGAUUGGGCGUCUCGGUUGAAGAUUGCACUUGGUGCUGCACGGGGUCUUGCAUAUUUGCAUGAAGAUUCUAGUCCCCGAGUCAUUCAUAGGGACUUCAAGUCCAGCAACAUCUUGUUGGAAAAUGAUUUCACACCAAAAGUGUCAGACUUUGGCUUGGCUCGAGCCGCUAUGGAUGAAGAGAACCGACACAUCUCUACACGUGUUAUGGGUACUUUUGGGUAUGUGGCUCCCGAGUACGCCAUGACCGGACACCUUCUUGUUAAGAGCGACGUCUACAGUUAUGGUGUUGUUCUUCUCGAACUUUUAACUGGAAGAAAGCCUGUAGACAUGUCACAACCACCUGGUCAAGAAAACCUAGUUGCUUGGGCAAGGCCAUUCCUCACUACUAAAGAAGGACUAGAGUUGAUCCUCGACCCCUCGUUAAAAUUAGAUGUACCAUUAGAUAGCGUGGCUAAAGUGGCAGCAAUCGCAUCGAUGUGUGUACAACCCGAGGUUUCCCACCGUCCUUUUAUGGGCGAGGUUGUACAAGCUUUGAAGUUGGUGUGUAACGAGUGUGAUGACUCAAACGACAGUAACUCACGAAAAGGAAGCCGUGAAAGUUUAUCUAUCGAUUUUGAUGCUAAAGGAAGCCCGAUUUCGGAGAAACAGUAUCCUUUACCGAGCCAUUUUUCCUUCCAAAACUACACCCCCGAACUAGAUAUCGAGAAAGGUACGUCAGUGUCUGAAAUUUUCGGUGCAUCAUCAAGGACAAAUGGGCAGGAAUCUGAAUCAUUCAGAAGACACUCUGCAUCAGGCCCUUUAAAGACGGGUAAGGACCGACGUUUUUGGCAGAGAAUAAGGAGGCAGCCUAAUGGCGGAAGUGUAAGCGAGCACGGUAUCAUGUACAGAUUAUGGGCAGGAUCACAUUGAAUUUUCAAGAACUACUCUUGUUAGCAUAGAUCUUUUUUUUCGUUUUUCAUUUUUCGGUUUUCUAUGAUUUCGGGUAAUUAGGCUUAUUUGUUGUUUUCAUGUGAAUAUCUUAAAGAUGGAGAUGAGCGGAAUGCUCAUGUUUAUAAGUUUUUAUAGGAAUGGAGAUUAGAAGAAUGGCAUUAGAUGAAUAUAUGGUGUUCAUGUAAGGGAUUUGUAUGUUUAUUUAAUUGUAUAGAAGAUUUUGUAUCAAUGUCAAAUGUAGAUUUUUUGAGGAAACUCGCAUGCUUUCAAAAUUUUACUCAAUGCAUGUUUUGGUUCAUGGCUUCAUGACUAUGAUAUGGCCAGAGGCGGACUCAAGAUUCUAAUUGUGAAGCAGGCGUAAUAGCCAGUCUAGUAAUAACCGAAACAACUAACGAUUUAACCUUUUGACCUUAGAGCCAAGUGGAAAAUGCCCCAGCCCCAUGAUAAUAUUUUUGUUAAAAACAAUAAUCAUAUGCUUUUUUAAAAAAAUGUAAUUAUAACAAUUAGUUGAAGAAAUCCUUGACCUAUGGGGUUGGUUUGAGCCCGACAUAAUUCAAUCCAAAAUUGACCUACUUGAAAUUAAUCC